AUCUACUACUAACUACUUUGUUGAUCUUAAAGUAGAUUCCAAACUCGUUAGUUCUUAGAAAAUCAGUUAUGAAAAUAGUUAAGAAAUAACAAAAGGAUAUCAUUUAAUUUACGAUGUGCUAAAUUCCUAACAGUGCCUUAAAGUUAUAGUGCAAUAUUAUCAUUAACUCAUGAAGUGUAAAAAAAUCGGUCUUAUUUUGUUUUCAUUAUGACGAAGCGCCGAAGAAUAGUUCAAGCUGACAAAAUAAUACAAAAUGUUAUAAAUGUAUUUUGUUUAUUAAUGUUUUUACAAUUAAAGGGUUAUUACUCGAGCAUAAGUAAUCCAGUGUUAUUAUAUACGACGGCUUCAGAUAUUCGAGUAACGAAUACUUCAAAAUUAAGCAAAAUUAAUGCAAUAAUUAAAGGCUUGGAACAAGGCUCUGCUGUCGAUUUUCUGUACAGAAAGAGCUUAGUAUGCUGGUCUGAUCAGACGGCGGAAUUAAUACAAUGUAUGGAAUACAACAACACACAUUCUGGAGAGAAAGUGAGGCUCGUAUCAAAAGGCUUAAUUACUCCAACGGGUAUUGCAAUCGACUGGUACACAGAGAAGAUUUAUUGGACAGACGGUGAAACUAAUAGAAUAGAAGUAAUUAGUAUAGACCAAAAGUACAGAAAGGUGUUGUUUUGGACUGACGUUGACCUCGCUAGAGCUAUUGCAGUAGUACCUAAGGAAGGAUUUAUGUUCUGGACUGAUUGUGGUGAAAUCCCGAAAAUCGAAAGAGCUGGAAUGAACGGUGAUCCUGCAACACGAAAAGUUAUAGUAAAAGAUGAUAUUUUCUGGCCAAACGGUAUAACAAUUGACUAUAAUAACAAUCUGAUAUACUGGGUUGAUUCCAAGCUACAAUUCUUUGAUGUUAUGGACUUCAAUGGAAAUAAUAGAAAAAAAGUUGUAAGAGAGGGAUUGAAAUAUCCAUAUGCUUUAACAUUUUUCAAUGACAGGCUAUUUUGGAUUGAUUGGAAAACUCUAGUUAUAAAUACAUUGGAUGUUACAACAAAUGGUGCUAUAAAGGAACUAAUCAAAUCAGAUUCAGUUCCUGUUGAUAUUAAAGUAUUUGACAACAGCAGACAAUUGAUGCCCAGUGGAGAUUAUCCUUGUAAAACCAAUGAAGAUUGUUCACAUUUGUGCCUUUUAGCACCCAAUCCACCAGGAUAUGUGUGUGCUUGUCCGACUGGUGUAAAGCUAAAGGAGGGUAGUAACACAACCUGCUAUGAUGGCCCACAGUCAUUUCUACUAGUAGCUCAAAGAUCUGUCAUAUCAAGGAUUUCACUUGACACCCCAGACUUCACACCCUUUACUCUACCUCUGAAGGAUUUAAAGAGAGCACUCACUAUUGACUUUGAUCCCAAAACUGAAUAUAUAUACUGGGCAGACAGUUUGUCCAAGACGAUAUCGCGCGCGCGGCUGGACGGCAGCGAUCAGAGCGCCGUGGUGCGCAGCGGCGGCGUGCCCGAGAGCAUCGCCAUCGACGCGCUGGCGCGCAACCUGUACUGGACCGACCCCGUCGCCGACACCAUCAGCGUCGCGCGCCUCGACGGCAGCGCCACCAAGGUUCUAAUCCACGACGAACUGUACAACCCGCGGGCCAUCGCGCUGCACCCGACGGCCGGCUGGAUGUUUUGGUCCGACUGGAAUGAGAAGAAGCCCAAGAUCGAACGAGCCAAUUUGGAUGGAACCAACAGAAUUUUGCUGAUAUCAGAGAAACUCACCUGGCCUAAUGGAAUUGCUUUAGAUACUGUUAAUAAUAAAUUAUAUUGGGGUGAUGGAAGAACUCACAAAAUUGAGGUUUGCGAUAUGGAUGGGUCGAACAGGCGGGAACUAUUAUGUAGUUACAGUGAUAUUUUACACAUUUUCGGGUUGACCCUACUUGGCGAACAUCUAUAUUGGACAGACAUGCAAAGACGAACAUUAGAUAUGAUCAACAAAGACACUGGUUUAGAGAGACAACCAGUUGUGGAACAAAUGGCUAAUAUGAUGGGUGUUAAGGCGUUUCGUUUGGGAGAACCCCUCGGACACAAUCCAUGUGUAGACAAUAAUGGAGGAUGCUCAUAUCUCUGCUUUAACAGACCUAAUGACUAUGUGUGCAGCUGUCCACUAGGUUUGGAGCUCGCUAGCGAUCGAAAAACAUGCAUCGAGCCAGAAGCAUUUCUCAUAUACAGCAGAAAAAACGUAAUCGGUCUGAUCAGUAUAGAAAACGAGAACAAUGACGCUGUGCUCCCGAUACGAGAAUUGAAAGAAGUCAGCGCUUUAGCUGUUCACGUGUCAGGCUCGAAGAUAUACUGGUCCGACAGCAAGACGAAAACAAUAAAUCGUUGCUCUGUAAAUGGAUCAGACGUAGAAAAAAUUCUGGAAUGGAUGGGCUUAGUUGAAGGCUUAGCAAUCGAUUGGUCCGGUCAGAACAUCUACUGGACCGAUUCAGCGACACAACGGAUCGAAGUGGCGAGGUUAGACGGAUCGAGCAGACGGACUCUCAUCUGGCAAGGUCUCAAAAAACCUAAAAGCAUCGUGCUCGACCCUCGCAAGGGCUACAUGUACUGGUCCGAGCUGGGCUCGCGGAGCAUCAAGCGCGCCGCCAUGGACGGGUCGGCGGCGGCGCUGCAGGUGGAGGCGGCGGGGCGCGCGCACGCGCUGGCGCUGGACCGCGCGGCGCGCGCGCUGUACUGGGCCGCGCUCGACCCGCCCGCGCUCGAGCGCGCGCCGCUCGACGGCUCCGCGCGCCGCCUGCUGGCCGCCGACGUGCCCAUGCCCUACGCGCUGGCGCUCUACGCCGACCGCGUCUUCUGGGGCGACUGGAACACUGGAUUAAUAGAAUCGGCGACAAAAUUGAACGGCACGGACAGGAAGACGAUCCACACGCAACUGGACUACAUAUCGGACCUGAAGGUUUACCACCGCGCCCGCGACUCGCUGCCCAACCAGUGCGGCGUGGACAACGGCGGCUGCACCCACCUGUGCCUGCCGCUACCCAACAACGACUACCGCUGCGCCUGUCCCACGCACUACCGCCUUAACAGGGACAACCUCACUUGUUCCGAACCCGAAGAGUUUUUGUUGUUCGCACAAAAAAACGCCGUGGGACGAAUUGUAGUCGCAAACGGAGAGUGCAACGACGCAUUCAUACCCCUGACCAGUCUUAAAAGCGUGCGAGCCAUAGAGUAUGACCCUGUCGACAGAUACCUUUACUGGAUGGACGAGGAAUCGCAUUCAAUCCGACGAGUACCUAUCUCGUACUCGACCACAUCUGCUAUAACUGACUCCACGACGGUCGUCACAGGCCUGUCGAGACCGUUUCACAUGGCCCUAGACGUGUUGGGGCGAGCUUUGUACUGGACAUGUCUCGAUACGGACUCGAUCAAUGCAACUUCUAUCGACAACAAUUCCUCAGUCGGCGUCAUAUUAAGAGGCGACAAAAUGAUGCCGAGACACUUGGCCUUCCAUCAGACUAAAAGGGUGCUGAUCUGGAGCGACGCUGGUUUGGGCGCCAUCAUGCGCGCCAGCGUGGACGGCACCGCCCGCAGCGAGCUGGCGCGCGUGGCCAACGUCACCGCGCUGGCCGUGGAGCAGUCCUCCGCCACCGUGUACUGGGCCGUGGCGCGGCAGAUACACGCCAUCGACCUCGACUCCCUCGGCAGCAAACGAGUAGUGUGGCAAGGUGGCUGGGUGGGCGCGCUGGCGGCGUACGGCGGCUCGCUCUACCUCUGCGGGAGCGAGCGAGCGCCUAUGCGGCUGCCGCUCCACCGACGAGACGCACCCGCCGCGCCGCUGCCGCACCUCGCGCGCCUCGUGGCCGCCGUGCCCGUGCACAGGGUGGCGCGCGAGCACCCGUGCUACGGGGGGCGCGCGUGCGGCGGCGCGCCGGGCUCGUGCGGCGCGGGCGGCGCGUGCGGCUGCGGCCUGCACUGCGCCGCGCGCCGCGCCUGCGCGCCCGACCACUUCCUGUGCGACGCACCCGACGCGCACUGUAUCCCGAUGGAGUGGAAAUGUGACGGACAACGCGACUGCCCCGACGGGUCGGACGAGGCUCGCUGCGACGCCUGUGCCGGGUUGCGCUGCGCGGACGGCUCGUGUGCCGCCGCUCUCGGUGCCUGCGCCACCGGCGCCUACUGCGCGCACAAACCGCUGCCCGACGCGUUCCGAUGCGACGAACGCCUGUGUCUGGCGCCGCGACUGCUGUGCGACGGUCGCGCGCACUGCGAGGACGGCGCGGACGAGGCGCCCGCCGCGUGCGGAUACGUGCACAAGGACCAGGUGGUGUCUCGCGGCGGCGGGCAGUCGCACGCGCUGGUGGCGUGCGGCGUGGUGGCGGGCGCGGGCGCGGCGCUGGCGGGCGCGUGGGCGGCGCUGCGGCGCGUGCGGCGCGCUCGCCGCCAGCCGCCGCCGCCGCGCGCCUUCGCACUCGUCAAACCCGUACUGAGCGCAACGGGUUCCGGCUCGUACUCGGGCUCGGCGUCGGACAGUCUGUGCGGGCGCUACCCGCGCCCCACCGCCAACCCCCCGCCGAGCCCCGCCACAGCGGGCGGGCGACGGCGCGCGUACCGCCACUACCGCGCGUGCAACCGGCCGCCGCCGCCCACGCCCGCCUCCACCGACGCCAACGAGUCGGAGCCCGAGCCCGCCGCGCGCGCGCCGCCGCCCUCGCCCGCGCCGCUGCUCUACUGACCGUCACCCGUACGUUCGUUGGAACACUUCAAUUCUCGAUGGUUUUGCUAGAGCUUUACAAAGUGAUCUCUUAGUAGGCUCUUAUAUAGGGUUGAGAAAGAAUGACUCUAUUCUACUACGCCGGAACCACAUAACGCAGCUAGAGAUAUCUUUUUUAUUUAUUAGAAACCGAUAUACCAAAAUUAUCUAACGGAGCUUCCGAUCGAGUAAUAACAUUCUAAAUUUUAUCAAAAAUAUACUUCGUUUUGUCAAUCGAUUUACUUUUGACUCGGUGUAUAAAAAUAAUUAUUAUUUAGAAGUCCAUACGUUUUUUAUUCUAACACAUUUGUACGAAAGUUUUAUUUAGAAAAAAAACAGGGGGCGGAUGCAAUUAUCAAAUGCGUUUGACGGUGGCCAGAUGUCAUUUAACUCGGGUUACAAGAUACGCCCUAAUUAUGGGUUUAACAUUAAUUAUAUAAAUAUGUAUGUUUUAUCUGUAGGGAUUUAAUUAAUCAGAUUGAAACCAACCAUGGGCUUAAAUUCAGUUUCCUAUUAAUAUUUAUAACAUCAGAAAUUUAACAUAAACUGCACAAUGAUUUACAAGCAGCUAGUCGUAAUUUAAGAAUUUGCAAUCAAUGCAAAUCAAAUAUUCACUAUAAAACAAUAUAGAAAACUUACGAUCUAUGUUUAUAAAAUCGUUUGUCCUGACUGAUUUUAUCAAUGCUAUGUGCAUUGAUAGUCAGUCGUCAUUAAUAAAUAAUUAAUCGCAAAACCUACUGAGUAUGAAAGCUUAAAUUUAAAACAACUUUAUUUUAUAAUGCAAGCAUCCGCUAAGAAAGAAUUUUAGAAAUUUCAGCCUUUGGGGUAAAUGGAAGGGGCAAAUUUGUAUGAAUUUUACCCGUACGCUAAAAGCGAGCAGCUAGUAUAACAAUACGUAUCGUUGAAAGGUUUUAUAUGUGAAAUAAAUACUUACAUUUUCUUAAUCAAAUAUUUAAAUUUACAUAAUAAGAUAUAUUAGUAAUAACUUGAGAGCCUAUUAACAUAUAAAAUAGAAUAUUGUAAAUAUAUGAAAAUGUAUGCAAUUGUCUCACAUUUAAUAAACUAUAAUGUUAUGUUAAAAUAUAAAAGUACAAAAUAUGUAUGUUUAAUUACGACUUGAACAGAAAAGAACCAAAUAUAGGUAUAACGGUACUGUGCUAUUCUCUAAGAACUUACUCAAAACUGUUUAUAAGCGAGUUAUUUUGAUUAUUGAUAUGGUAUUUCGAUACGUGUAUCCUUUUAAUAUUAUAAUUAUUUAUAACUAUAUCCUAUAUCAUUUUUUUCUUGAUGCUGUUCUAUGUUAACUUUCGAGUUUGAUCUUACAGAAUAGCUCUACAGUCACGGCAUCCAAAUUAAUACACAACACGCUUUGUCAACAUAAUAGCACUACACAGUUAUAUUUAUUUAUAUAAAAAUAUUUAAUCUUAGAAGUAUUGUGGAAACAUUAGCAGUCGCUUUAAACAAUAUCAGAAAAGUGAAAUUUAGGUUAUAUCAGAUUCAAUCAAUAUUAAUUACUUGAGUGGAUUUGACUAGUUAUGUAUAAUUUUUUUUUCACUCGCGUUCUUUUUUUAUUUAUAAUAUAUUUACAAAUAGUCUAUUCCAACCACAAGAGGAGUGAAGAUAAAAUAAACUAUAUCAAAAAUAUAUCUUGAAAAAAUCGAGGUUGAACAAUCUAUGAAUUAUGAUAUUCGUUAUGGAUUCAGCAAAUUGUGUUCUGAAUGUCGACGAGCUGCUGUUAUACAAACUUAAGAAGUACAAUUAAAGUGAAAUAAGUAGCUAAUAGGAAGUAUGGUAUUAUCAAUAAACAUAAAUCAAUCAAGAACUAUUGCAUCGUAUAAUAUGGCAGAACUGUUAGCAAAUCAAAUGGGAUACAUAAAUACAAAGUUUGUUUAUCUUUACUCCUUUGAUUGGAAAAGGUUUGACGGUACAACAUUGGCGUGCUUUUCAGAAACGCUAAAGAUUUUAAUUUUAAUCUAUGUAUUUUCUAAAAUUUAUUUUUAUUAUUUGUCACGUCAAGUGUUGUAAUUUAGAAAAAUCGGUGCAUGUCGAGUGUGAAAAUCUUUUCUUGUGUCAAUAUUCAAUGUGAACUUUGAAUUUGGUGCUAUAUCAAUGUUCGUGCCUCAAAUUUAGAUAGAUAAGUAACUAAAUCUUGUAAAUAAUUUUAUCUUUAAAUUGUAAAUAAAAUACAUAUUAUGCACCUAGUUAGAUUGUAAAAUAAUUUCUGAUCGUUAUAUUAUAAACACUUCGCAAUUAAAUAUAUAAAAUUUUAAUAGCAAAAACACUUGCUUUCGACAAUGUUGUGGCAUAUUAAACGUAAUUAUCAUCAUUUUUAUACAUUUAAUAAGUAUUUUUGAAAUAUAAAUAAAACACUUUUUUAAAUUAUUCUUACCAUAUUCAAAAAUAAACUUUGUUAAGCACAUGCACUUUAAAAUUCGUUUAGUAUUGUAUUUAAAAAAAUAUAUUAACUAAAGUGUAAUGUACUAUAAGUUGUCACAUUUCAAAAGUAACAUACAAAGAUAUAGGUUCAAUGAUAAACAAUAUAGUUUAUCAGCUUUUAUUAUUAUUAAAUACUGACUCAAAGAUUAAUGAGAUUUUUCUGCAGUUUUUAGAGUCAAAUUGUAAUCAAAUUCAUUUUUUUAUAUUUAAAUGCACAUACUAUGCCAUUAAUAGUUAUUAUUAAGUGGUCUUUUGUUUACCUAAAUACAUCAGUCUAUUUCGAAUUAUACAAAUAUAAAUUACAGUGUCAUGUGAAAAUAAAUUUACAUUUAUAUUUUUUAAAUACCUACCAGUAAAAUGCGCAUGUAAGUUGUUAAGCCAGCUUUUCACUUUAAAUUAUAAUAUAUAGUAUAUUACGAGAUAUAAAUUACAUUGUAUAGUCUAGUCUAGAGUAUUAUAUAUUAUAUGCCAUUGUGAAAAUUAGACUCAACUGUUCCAAAUAAAUAUUUCAACAUUAAACAUCACAUUAAUACAAAAUUACUUCUUAAGUGUUGAUAACUUUACAAAGCAAUUGCUUAGGUAUUUUAAAUGUUAUUCAAUAUAAUUAAGAGGCAGUUUUGAUGACUUGCACUUUAACAAACAAAUUUAAUAAUAUUAAAUAAGUGUAAUAUUUCAAUUAUUCUGAGCAUUAAAUAAUUUGUGUUGAAAAAGAGUUGCCAUUACUUGCAUUUAUUUGUAAAAAAAAUAAUGUUAAAUUAUAUUAUUACUUAGUGUGGAUAAGGCAGUUUUUUAUACCACUCGAAAACUUAAUUAUUAUUACUAUACUAAAGAUGACUGAGUUUGACAUUUUGGUAAUAAACUUUGUACCUGUUAAA